AUGGAUACCCACUCAUUUGCUUCUCUGGCGCAGGUCCGAAUACUUCUUGUGCCCGUUGGCAAUAUUUCCCAGUCCUCCUUCAACCGCUAUUCCUCCGAGCUCAGGUCCUUCGAUGCGAUCCGUCUUGGUGACAUUCCGGCCGACACCAAGGACGAGAAAGCGCGGUUUAUGCCAAGUCCAUUAUCAACUGGCUAUCUACAUCUAAGCUUUCCUACACACCCACCUCCACACUCGCAUCUCCCAUUAUCCCUCCUCCGACCUUCUCACUUUCCGCUGGCCGUCAUCGGAAUUUCCGCCUGCUCCAAAACCGAUUCUCUUGCGGACGUACUGGGGGAGUUCAAUGCCUCUCUUCUUGACAUCUUCCCUGGCGGAGGGAUGUAUCCGCUAGCCAAAAAUUGUUUCGUAUUCGAGGAAGGCGAGGGUAACACAAACGUCAAUCUUGGCGACAAUCUCCCCGGCCUUGUCGUUAUCCCAAGUAUGAUGGGCAACAAGAAACUUUAUAUCGGAACCCUGCUCGGCGACUUGUGCUCCCAUGUUUUGGGUGAAUUCGGCACGCUUGUGGCUGGAUUAGAAAGUCCCGCAGGCAAUGAGCAUCUUAAUUCUGCUCUGAUGCCAAUGCUGCCCCCGUCAGACCUCGCUUUACCCCUUGAUAAUGGCAAGAGGCGGGAUUCAUUGCCUCCGAUUCCGGCGCAAGGCGUUUUAGACACCAAGCAUCAAUACCCAUCCGCAGUGGUAAAGCGCACCUCAACCAGUUUCCGACAACAAACUCUCAGUGUGCCGCCUGCCAAGAAGCGGCUGAGUAGUAUUGGAGUGGCUUCAUCGCAUGGAAGGCUGUUCAAGGUACUGGGCGAUUUUUAUUUGCUAGCCGGGAGAACUGAGGAGGCCGACGUCUGGUAUAACGAAGCGAUGCAGAUCUUCAAGUCGUCCUCCGACGCAAUCUGGCAAGCUGCAACAUUAGAGGGUCAAGCAACCGUCACCAUCAUACAAGCUUGGGCCACAGGCCAAGGCUUAAACACUUCGACCUCCGCUCUGAGAGAGCCAUGGGCUGAUGUAAUGGAGAAGCUUUCUCAAGCUGUAACAUUAUAUCAUCGAACGCCAGUCGAUGGAGAACAUAACUACUCCCUCCUCUCUUAUCUUUACUGUCGCGCUGUCCUGCGGCAAGCAUCGCUUCUCUUCUCCGUAUGGUCUGCAAAGGGCUGGGGCCCUUUGGCCUUUGGCACAAUGCUUCAACCCGGGCCUACACCCUACCUCCCGCCAACUAUUUCUACGGAAGGGCUUGCUUCAUGGGCGGAUUUGGAACGAUUAAGCUCACUAUCGGGCAUCAGUCGAGCCACCAUUUCCACCGUGCUGACUCAGGUCCAUGGCCCAUGGCUUCUGCAUCUCGGCGCUCGGGAACGGAUCGGUAUUCUGGAGAGUACAGCAAGUCUAUAUGCCUGUCUGGGCUAUCGUCGUAAAGAAGCAUAUAUCCUCAGGGAAGUGCUUGGCUGCAUAUUGGACCUCAUCGUUUGUGGCAGGGAAGAAGAUGGCUUUUCGAGACUUUCGAGUGUUCCAUUACCCCCAGGUCUUGGCAUUCAAGGCUUCAACUCCAACUCGGGUAGUCAACGAGGAAAUGUUGGCGUUCGCUUUACAGAAAAUGUUGACGGCAAUGAGAGCAUCCUCAAACUCUUGAAAUAUAUCUGUCGAACUCUGGGCAUCAAUCUCGACGCGGUCCAAAUGAUCGAAAAUCCAACGGAAGCCGCCGAAAACGAGCCCAGCGCCCCUACUAGUAUCGAGGAAGACAUGGCAACAGAAUUCAUGGAACCAUAUGGGUGGCCAGAAUUACAGGUCGGGGUUGUGAGAGAAGCGGUUGCUGUCGCGGAAGCUCUGCCAGAUUAUCUUGCAGUUGCUCAAUAUGCGCUCGCGUCAUUGAAGACGCUGCAGGCCGUACUUGCCCCCGCAGACCAAUAUCACCUAUAUGCAACCUCUGCACGGGCUCUUAUGACAGCACACCGACGAGGUGACACACGAUCUGUUGAAUAUUGGUCUGGUAAACCCAUAGUCAGCAUUAACAUUUCGUCGCUGCCUUUGGUGCGACUACCGAUAGAAAAGCCACUUUCUGCACUCCAGCCGAGGACGUCCGAUAUUGCUCCCAUUCUGACUGGGGGAACAGACCCUUUUUUGUAUAAUCCGCGACGGGUUAUGGGUCAGGGAAAAACACUUGUUGUACAAAACGAGUCACUUGAAUUCGUAGUUGUGCUGAAGAAUCCAUACGUCUUUGAUCUGGAAAUCCAAUCGUUAUCCCUCAGCACGUCUGGUGUUGCUUUCGACUCAAAACCGAUCCGGGUGCUCUUACCGGCCACAUCAUUCCAUGCAGUAACCCUGACUGGGAAAGCGACCGAGACAGGCUCUUUGGUCGUCCGCGGGUGCCGUGUACAAGCACCAGGGGGUCAGAAACGAGAAUUUACCCUUUCACUCUCGACUGGAGAGGAAGAAGAGCGUAUUUCUCGUAAGCGGGCAGCACUAGAAUGCGAAGUCGGCCGUUCGAAGUACUCUGGUCUUGAUUGCUUCCCAUGGGAAAAGGCAAACAAACGCUCAAGUAGGCAACUGACGAGUUCUGGGGCGAAGACGGCUGUGAAAUUCCUCGAAUAUACAGUAGUUCCCGAGCAGCCCCUACUCAGAAUACGCAGGACUUCGGUUACUCACGGUGCUGUUAUGAUGUAUAAUGGCGAAAUGUCUACCAUCCGCAUCACUCUCGAAAACGUGUCGCCGCUACCAAUUGACUUCUUACGACUCGUCUUUGAUGAUUCGACCAUUGCUCCUGGUCAGCAAGCACUCGCCAGUGGCGAACUUUCAGUCUUUGACACGUAUGAGACGGAAUACGACCUGCUUCACCGACCCGUCUUUUCUUGGAAUACAGACGACACGAAAGAGAUUCCUCCCGGUCAUAAGCUGACCAUAAAUGUCAACUGUUACGGGAAAGUUGGCUGCACUACUGGCGCCAUUCACAUAUCUUAUUCAUACGUGAAUCGACCCAAACCUGGCUUAGAUCCUGCUCCAUCCGUGUUCCACACUCGACAAUUAUCUUACCCAGUCAUGGUCACAGUCUAUCACAUGCUGGAAUGUCAUGGAAUGGACCUCUUGCCCUUCACAUCAUAUCCUUCCGACCUGGACGAGCCUGACGAGCAGUAUCGUGGAAACGAAGCUGGCUGGGAAGUCAUAUCCAUCAGCUCUGUUCUAUUCGCGCUGACAUUCUAUGAAGGUGCUGGCAAACAACGUAGCACAACAUCAACAAUAGUUUCUCCAGGCUCCACCUCUCGAAUGGUUAUCCCGAUCAAGAAAUUCAUUCUUUCCGAAGAUCAUAUCUCGCAGCCCAUCCCUACUCUGUCAGACCGACAGUUUGUUGUGAACAAGUCCAAGCUGUCGAAAGAGCAAGAGAGGGCUCAAAGGGAGCUAUUUUGGUACCGCGAAGAGCUAUUUAAAUGCAUCCAUGGCAGAUGGCGUGAGGCUGGCGGAACGAGGGCAGGCGAUUUGUCCUUGAGACAACAACGAAUGACGCUUCCGAUGCUUGAAACUCUUCGAACGGAGACAGCCUCAAUAUCCAUGUCGCUACAUCACCAAGACACUGACAAGAAACCUCUUGCACCACAUCUUGGUAAAUACCACCCACCAUACUGCGAAUUCAUCUACCUGCGAACGAAAGUGACGAACCAUUCCUUGACAUCUCUGGUUUUCACGCUCGACUUUGACUUGCAAUCGUCGCCCGAUGUGGUCUUUGAGGGGCUCUUCAGGGAAGUGCCUAUCGGGCGACUGGAAAGCGGAGAAUCACGCGAGAUUGAAACGGGCUUAUGCUUCCUCGCAUAUGGCCGGUAUGAGAUUUCGGCGGAAGCCAAGAUUGUGGGGUCAACCGAGAGCAAGGGGAGUGGAAGAUUGACCGCAAUGGUACGGGCUGAAGGCUAA